CUUCCCGCGCUCUGUAUGGCGCAGCCGUGCCACGUGACCGUCCCUCUCCGCGCGGCGCUCUGGCCUCGCUGCCUCGCCACUCUAUGGUGGCAGCGGAUUAGACCGCCGCCGGGCGCCGAGUUCUCGCGAGAGCGGCAUGGAGGGCGAGGCGGCGGGCGGGGCGGCCGGAGCUGGCGGAGGAAGUGUCAUGGCGGCGGCGGGGAGCGGGGCGGGCGCGGCGGCGCGGGGUGGCGGUGGCGGCGGCUCCAGCACUGCGUCGCGCUGGUUCUUCAGCCGGGAGCAGCUGGAGAGCACGCCGUCCCGGCGCUGCGGCGUGGAGGCCGACAAGGAGCUCUCGUACCGGCAGCAGGCGGCCAACCUCAUCCAGGACAUGGGCCAGCGCCUCAACGUGUCUCAACUUACAAUAAAUACUGCAAUUGUUUACAUGCACAGGUUUUAUAUGCAUCAUUCCUUCACAAAAUUUAAUAGGAAUAUAAUAUCUCCUACUGCAUUGUUUUUGGCUGCAAAAGUAGAAGAACAGCCACGAAAACUUGAACACGUUAUUAAAGUAGCACAUGCCUGUCUUCAUCCUCAAGAGCCACAGCUGGAUACAAAGAGUGAUGCAUACCUUCAGCAGGCCCAAGAGCUCGUUAUACUUGAAACAAUAAUGCUGCAAACUUUAGGUUUUGAGAUUACCAUUGAACAUCCACACACAGAUGUUGUGAAAUGUACGCAGUUAGUGAGAGCAAGCAAGGAUUUGGCACAGACAUCCUAUUUCAUGGCUACCAACAGUCUGCAUCUUACUACGUUCUGCCUUCAGUACAAACCAACAGUGAUAGCAUGUGUGUGCAUUCACCUGGCCUGCAAGUGGUCCAAUUGGGAGAUUCCUGUAUCAACUGACGGAAAGCAUUGGUGGGAAUAUGUGGAUCCCUCAGUGACUCUAGAAUUGCUAGAUGAGCUAACGCAUGAGUUUCUGCAAAUACUGGAGAAAACACCUAGCAGGCUGAAAAGAAUUCGGAAUUGGAGGGCUAAUCAGGCUGCUAAGAAACCUAAAGGGGAUGGACAAGUAUCGGAGAAUUCUCUUCUUGGUUCAUCUUUGGUCCAGAAUUCCAUUUUAGUGGAUACUGUUACUGGUGUAUCUGCAAAUGCAAGUUUCCAAAAACAAUCAACAUCGUUUCCUGCACCAGUACCUCUGAACUCAGGAAGCAUAUCUGUUCCAGACAGUCAUGCACCUGAAAAUUUGGCAAUACUAGCUACAGGAAUGCCAAGUACCUCAUAUAGUUUGGCUUCACACCAGGAAUGGCCUCAACAUCAAGAGCAAACAAGGACAGAACAAGUGUAUUCUCAAAAACAGGAGACCACAUUGCCUGCUAGUCAGUACAAUAUGACAUUCCAACCAGGAACUUCUGUACCGCUGCAUUCUGGGUUACAUCACAGACCUGACAAACUUGCUGAGCAUUCUGCUGUUAAACCAGAAUAUUCUCACAAGUCAGGAAACAAACACCAUGGACAGGUUGCUGCUCCAGUAAUAAUACCUCAGAAAAUGUCUUUGGAUAAGUACAGAGAGAAACGUAAACUAGAAACACUCGAAUUAGAUGUAAGGGAACAUUUUGUAGCUAACCCAGUAGAACAACAACAUAAAAAGCACAUACAACCACAAGCAGGUAGUAGCAGUUCUGUAACUUCUCCUAUUAAGAUGAAAAUUCCUAUUGCAAAUGCAGAGAAGCCUGAAAAACAUGUACCUGAUAAAAAAGAAAAGGGUGGAUCUCUCAAACUACGGAUACCAAUCCCACCCACAGAAAAAAGUUCCAGUAAAGAAGAGCUGAAAAUGAAAAUUAAAGUUGCUUCCUCAGAAAGGCAUAGCUCAUCAGAUGAGGGCAGUGGAAAAAGCAAGCACUCAAGUCCACAUGUUGGCAAAGAUCAUAAAGAAAAGCACAAAGAUCAUUCUAACCGUCACCAUGGUAGUGGUCACAAGCAUUCCCAUUCACAUAGUGGUGGCAGUAGUAGUGGCGGUAGUAAACAUAGCACUGAUGGAGUAACACCAACUGUUUUGAAGAGUCCUGUUGGCCUGAGUAGCGAUGGUAGUUCCUCUAGUUCCAGCUCUUCAAGAAAGAAGUUGCACAGCAAUGAUGCUUCUCACAACCACCACUCCAAAAUGAGCAAAAGUUCCAAAAGUUCAGGUAGUUCAUCUAGUUCUUCCUCUGUUAAGCAGUAUGUAUCCUCUCACAACUCUGUUUUUAACCUUCCCUUACCCCCUCCUCCCCCUGUCACAUACCAGGUGGGCUACGGACAUCUCAGCACCCUCGUGAAACUGGACAAGAAGCCAGUGGAGAAUGGUCCUGAUGCCAAUCACGAAUACAGUACAAACAGCCAGCAUAUGGACUACAAAGAUACAUUCGACAUGCUGGAUUCGCUGUUAAGUGCCCAAGGAAUGAACAUGUAAUGAAUUGUUAGGUCAUUUUUCCUUUACUUUUUUUAAUUUAAGAAUUGUUAGAAUGGAAAACUUCCUAAUCUAGCAGUGGCAACAUGAGCUGUUGCUGCCAUGGUUUCAGUAUAUGUAAGUGCUGCUUUAUCCUUCACUCUGAAAAGAAGAGGUAUAGUAAACAAGUCUUUAUCUCCACAUACAAUAGUGUUAUAAGUACUGUAAUAGCAUGGAAGGUGCAAAAAUCUCAGUAUUUCUACAACUGCAGCUAAGAACAGUAGAAUGAACGUCUGCUUCUAGGUGUAUAGAAUGCCUCAAGCAUUGAUUAUUUAUAAUUUCAAAUACUGCAGCCACAAUUUUUUGUUGCUUAGCUUUUGAAUGAGUGUAAUUGUUUUCUUGUGUAUUUAUACUGUAUGUAUGAUUUGCAUGUUUCAAAGACAAAGGGAUUAAACAGUGUACUGACAACUGUUUACAAGAAAGUGGAGAAAAAUGUACAUACAUUUUUGUAUGUUUAGAUAUACCAUUAAUACUCAGGAUUGGAGCUGCUUGUAAGUAUAACAAAAUAUACAUAACUUUAUUUUAUCUUGUGUCAGAGUCCAUCAGUAAUCUAAACAAAGGUGGUGCUUUGUCAGGUUUGUCUUAAAACUGUAGGCCUUAUUUGAAGCCGCUUAAAAGGGACACUUCACUAGAGUGAGUAUCUAGUACGGUGUAUGGUCAUCCACACAAACGGCAUCACCCGUGAGGCAGUAGUGGGAGUUUAGGCCUCAGUUUCCUGAUUUAUGACCUGAUUUGAUCACUGAAAUGUCCCUAGUUUUCUGAAGGAAAAAGGAAUAAAAAUAAAGUUUACAUAAUCUUUUGAUGUGAAGUGCAUUUAAAUGUUUAUUGGCUUGAUGCAGUAACAUAGACACAGAGCUGUUACUUAAUAAUGGUUAUGUAGAUUCACGUGAUUCUGAACUGAAGUUCUUUAAAAAAAAAAAAAAACUUGCAUAAUGGGGGAAAAGUAGUUUUAUUUUGUUUUGUUUUUUUUAACUUGAGCAACGUAAGUUAUUUUAAUAGUAAACAGGGAUCAUUGUUUUCAUUACCAUUUCAGAAUAACAUCCAUGUCUGAAUUCCAAAAAAUGUAUUUGUGUGUGAUGCCAUAUUUCUUUUACAGGUGAAUGCAGCCUUCACAAUAAAUAAGAGUAAAAUUAUCGAUACCCCAACUUUCCUUUUAUAUCCCAACAAUAAAAUAGUUCUCAUGGAUUCUAUGUGCAUUGUCCUUGUCAUUAGUUACAAAAAUUGGCAGUUACUCUUUUUUCUAGCUCUGAAAAAUCACUCUUCAGUUAAACCACUAGCACCCAUACUGUUUGUCUGCAAGCGUCAUAAUGUUAUGGCUUGUGUACUAUUUGUACAGUGUCCUGCCUUUAUGGAAGAAAUGACAGGCUUGAAUGUUUUAUACAGUAGAUUGUUUUCAUUUCAUUUUUUUUUUUUUGUUGGAAGUCAAUACUACAGUUCGUUUACCAGUUGAUAGUGAACAAAUGUUUGAGUAUUGUUCAUGAGCUAUAAAGUACCUCAGCAAAAAUCCAAUAUAUGGUAGCAGCAGCCAGUUCCUAGUGACUAUUUUAAUUUUUCAAAAUGUAUAUGAAAUGAAGUAAACUUUUGCUAAGCCUCCUGUAUGCAUGGUUUGUGUGGUGUAAUUGGCUGUAAGCAUUUCAGAACUGAAGUCUGAAAUGUAGCCCUUCCAGCUACAUUACUAAACAGUGCUCUAAACCACAAGGUUGUGCUGUACUCUUCCCCGUUGGUAGUUGCUAUAUUAUGUAACUACAGGUAUAUCAAUUACUAUGUAAUACUUGGUUUCCAGUAAUGCAAAAGCUUGUAAUUUACUUGAAUAAGUUUUAUUACAUUUCAACCUAAAUGUUCAUUAGAUGUAACAACAUUUUCCUUUUACAUCCAUAUUUAAUCUUUGCCCCUGGAUAUACAGUAUCUAAAAUCAUUUUACAUGCAGCAACUUGGAGUAACUUUUUUCCAAAAUCAAAUUAAUGUAUUAAACACUACAUUAAAAAUGCUUAUUUCUGUAUUCUUGAAUGUUGGACCAACAUAAGCUGCAAUGUAGAUUAUUCUGAAUUGCUCUGCAGAGGUUCAGGUGAUGAAGUAUCAGUGAAUUGUGUUAAUUUGUCUGCAGAGCACCACAAUAUUUGCUUACAAGCCUUCUAAAUAGCAGUGUCAUGAAAUACAUCUUAUAUAGUUCAUUUUAAACAUUCAAUCUCAGUAGGCAAUAUAUUGUACUGUUACUAUCAUCUAAUAGCAUAACUUCAAUGUGAAAUGCCAGGCUGGAAGCCAGCGAUUGUCCAAAAUAAAUGAGAAAGGCUGGGGCCUUAAGGUGCUGCCUCAAAGGUCUACAGCUUUGUUCCUGGGGGAUUGUGAAAUGACAUUGCCCAAGGGGUUGCUAUGUACUAUGUGAGUGAGAACCAAACAGUCAUUUCAGUUUCUCUGUAAAGAAUGUCCACAAAACUUGUUUUUAGUUUGCAAUAUAACUGUAAAUAUGUAAAUCUCUGUAAUGAAGUCUUGAUGUGUAUGCAAUUAGACUUGGUAAUGGAAAAAAUUACAGCAAAAUAUCACUAAUUCGCACUGACUGAAACCCACUCCAAAUCACUACUCUUUGUGAAUUGCAGUCUGAUCCAGUUGUUUUGAAGUUGCUAAAACUAAUUUAAAUGGGAUCAGCUUUGGUUCCAUAAACAAAUGAAUGCAAUAAAAAAGCUAAUGCAGCACAAUGUACUUUGUUCAUCACUUUGAUUAUAGCUUUGUUAUAACUUUGAGUGAAUUUACUAGAAAACAGUAUUUUGUUUUUUUUUUCUAAAAAACCUAGUCAUGAAUCCUCCCUGCAAGCUCCUAGCUAUGAAGUCUGCCAUUUUGGUCAUAUUUGAGGUGUGUGGAUUAGUGAGAUUCUUCUGUACACUGAAUCUAUACUCGUAUUGCUAGUGGUGGAAGUGCUGAAGUACUCUAGGCAAUGUGCUGGAUCUCACUGUGCUCUGGUACUUUGGUAUUUUAAUUAGCAGAAAACUUGAAGUGCUGUAUACCCUUUCUGCUAACUGUAAAUGUUUCCUAUUAGAGUAGUGAACUGCAGUUUGAAAAGAGCCCUUUUUGUUGGAUUAAAAACUUUGUCACUUUAUUCUUUUUAAGGACAACUCAUGUAAAAGGUGUAUUUUCAAUAAAAUUCCCUACCUCACCACUCUCACUAUGGUGCAGAAAUAUCCCAUUUCCUAUACUUACCUUCCUAGUUUUGUUUGUAAAUAGUUAGGAAAAUUCUUUCACUUGAGUGACAAACCCGUGCUUUUUACAGGUGAGCAAAAAAAAAACAAAACAAAACUUUUUUUUUUUAAAUGUAGCUAGUUUUAUGAAUUUUCAAAAGAAAUAUAGUUGAAUAUUCCUGCCUCAUUCUUCUUAGUUUAACUCAUCAAGUUUGAGGGCACAUAUUAUACAAUCAGAACUUGGGAAAAGCAAGUUCUCUGAGCAAAAUUAUUUCACUAGGAGACUGGUUCUCAGACAAAUGAAUUAAUCUAAAUACAAGACAGCCAUGAAAUACUUUAUCUGUUCCAUGUUAUUACAUUGUAGCUGGUCAGGUUUUUCCUUUUUCACAAUUUAAGCCUUAUGAGGUUGGAGCAGAGCCUUCUCUGCUCCUUAGCUGCAUCUUAAACUCCCUAAAGAUGUCAUGUGCAAACACUGCAUCUAUCUUCAGGGCUUCUUCAAAGCUUUACAGUUGCAGGCAAUUCAGUUAAUGUGGAUCAUUUUGUUUCUUCACCUUCAUCUGAUUAUCUUCUGAAUUGUUUCCCUUGUAUAGGAGAGUCUAGUCUUUAAUGUGACUUGAUUUUUUUUUUUUUUAAUCUAUAUAGCACCCCAGUUCUGAUGACAACUGUGUAAAAUAUAAAAAAUGUAUUGAUUCCAGUUAAGCCUUGUCUGAAUGGCUGCACAACUUAGCAUUGCCUUUGAAACAUCAGAACAAGCUCAAAAGAUACUGGCGUACAUUUGGAGGAUUUUAAAGUUGCAGGUCUGCCAGACUUGCAAUAGAAAAAGGUCGAUAACCUGUUCCAAGAUGAACACAGCUUUUAUGUAGCGUAAAACUCCUCAACCUGCAAUUUGGAAACUAAUGCAAAGACAAAAUUUGGAGACAAAAUUAUUUUCAUGAAAUCUGAAUCGUAACGUGUAAUGUAGUUCGAAGUUCCAAAUCAUGUAUUUAGUGUAAAUAAAAUAUCUAUCAACAUCAAGGUAGAUAAUAAAGGGGCUGGCAGAUUUCAUUUUUCUUAAUUAUUAUUGUCCAAAGAAUCACUUACAUUUCAAACAAGUCACCAACACCUUGAGAAGUGGCCUUUGUUUUGGAUUGCCUUUUUUCCCCCUCCAUUAAGCAUGGAUCAAAUAAUUUUUUGUGUUGCUUUGGAUGCUGCUGUUUUGUGUACGUUUUUACUGUUUCUUUUGCUGGUGCAAUCCCUAGUAGAGAUGUAGUUAUCAGUAUACUAUAUUCCUCUUCCCCUAAACUAUUUUUACAUUGACAUAACUCGUACAUAGAUAGGACUCUCUUCUGUGUUCCCUAAUAUCUAAAGUAUGUGAAUUAUUACUUGAAAAUCUGUUAUGCAUUAGGAGAUGUUUUAGCUUUAACAGCUGAAUGCUUAAACAACGUUUCAAAAGCUCUGAAAUAUUUUUUUAAAUAGCUUGUAUUCAAGCCUUCUGCUAAACUGUGUUCUCAGAUUUCAUCAAAACCUCAGGAACUUUUAACAAGCUGAUAAAAUCCCUAUUUGGGGCUAACCUUGCAAUGCUUAGUUAUGUAAAAGCUCUUGUAUUAAAUAUUAAAACCUAUGGGUUACUUAGAAUACUUCAAGGCAAAUUAUGCAACACUAGCUUUGAUUUAAGACUUUCACCAUGGUUAAGGUAGAGUUUUUGUUUUGUACAUGCAAAAUCUUGAGGUGCAUAUGUCUUGUCCCCCUCCAUCUGUGCAUGUGUUUUGAGUGGCAUCUAGAUACCAUUUCAUGCUAAAUGAAAGCUCAUUUUUACUUUGCAGCCUUUUUUGGAGAGACUGCCCUAAUCUGAGGAGGCAACUAACAUGCAUCAUUCCACUCCAGGUCACAUGCCAGGGCUCCUACAGUUAUUCUGCAUAGUACUUUAAUGUGAAGAUACUGGAGUUCCUGCGGACUUUGGUAUAAGGACCAAGCUAUAGUGCAUAAAAUGGGACUGAUUACUUGGAUUUUCAAAAUUGCUGUGAAGUUAAGAUUAUUUUACUGACAUAUGAUGUUUUCAGACUGUUAUCAUGUGACGUUAUAUCUUAUGGAAAGCAUUAAUAAAGGAUUUUAGUAGCGGAAA